GAUAACGAAGAAAAUAAGCGUACAAUGAAUCCGCUUCUUAUCAAGUGGAGCUUACGAUAAUCACCCAACAGUAAGUUCUUGAUGUGUCACCCAACCAUCUUAAGCUGACAAAAUGGAUACAUGUAUUCAUAUCAUGAUUACAGUUUCAUUUAAGUGUGUCUGUUGGAGAUGGAUAUAAAUACCCAUUCACGGACACAGGGCAAUAUAUUUUCUGUCAAAAUCUUAUCUUGUGUGAUUAACCCUAUAUCGUACGUUAACCUUGACGUUCUGAUCAAUCCUUCUGGAGCCCACUCUACGUGAUCAUGAGUGUUUGCUAGUAAAGGUUCUUGAAAACAAGACUGUAGAAAAUCGUCACCUUUUGAGAAGAAACCUUUCUACAUACCGUACGAAAAUGUCAAACGAAAAGAAAAAAGACAUUGCAGUUCAGGAAAAGAAAAGUUUUCUGCAAAGGGAAUUGGACGAUUUGAGGUCAGUGGACCUCUUGAGAGCAUCAAUUGCUGAAUUUCUUGGAGUAAUGCUCCUGGUAAUGUAUGCGGUGGGAGCUGGACUGUACCACGAAACCCUGGGAACAAAACCAAGCAGUGUUCAUGUCGCCAUGGAAGCAGGAUUCUUCAUUGCUGUCAUAAUAACGACCUUGAGCACCGUCAGUGGUGGUCAUGUAAACCCUGCCAUUAGUGUAGGUUUCCUAGUGACAAAUGGCAUCACUGUGUCCCGAUUCAUGUUCUAUGUGUGCUUCCAAGUACUUGGUGCUAUUGCUGGAAUGGGGAUCAUGAGCUUAGUAUCGCCUGUAGAAAUGCAGCACGGAAGCUUUGGUGUGAUAUUGCCCGGUCCAAACGUCACUGACGUACAGGCGUUCGUUUGUGAAGUUUACAUCACGUUCCUGUUGGACUUUGCGACCUUCUCCUUCUUAGAUUCCGGAAGAACAGAUAUGGCGGGUUCUGUUCCGUUUAUCAUCGGUAUAACAGUCAUCAUAAAUAUUUUCGCAACGUGGAAUCUUUCGGGCGGUUGUAUGAAUCCUGCUAGAAACUUCGGUCCAAUGAUCAUCAAUGCGGCAUACGAUAAAGCCUGGGUGUACUGGGCAGGACCGAUGAUUGGAGGGGCGUUAGGGGCCUUCGUAUACGACCGAGUGUUCUCUACAAGGGUUUGCAGAAAUAUAUUACAUGGUUGCAACAAAACGAAAAGCAAAGAGUCGGAAGAAUAUCACGUCAACGAAGUUUUCACCACCGAGAACUCAAAAUUAUGACGCAGAUGAUAAUAAACACUAGGGCUCAUGCUAAGAAACCAAAAAUACCCAAUACGAACUAACAAAAUAUUUAGAAGAAUUGAAGCGUGGGCUUUACAUCAAAUAUUGUAUUACAACACCGUAAACAUUUUAAAGGACAGAAGAAAUUUAUGGGAAAUGUGUUACUCACUAAUACUAAUAUUAACCAUUAUUACAUCAUUUUUUAAUUUCCUAUAUGCGAUACAAUACUCAUGUCAAGUAUAUGACAAAUUGUGCAGUAUGCCGGAUGGGACCUCCUGUACUUUUUAUCAAGAAUAAGAAACAGUCGCAUUUCAUUUUAGUCCCUACCAAAACCGUUGCACCAAAUCAGGAAUGGUGCAUUAAAAAAAAUGCCGACCUUGGCAUAUGUAUGAAUAUGUACCUAUCAAUCAAUCAAUAUAAUACAUAUCUUAUACAUGCCCUGCUGUAUUACAAUUUGUGAUUUACAAAGUAUUUUGAUACAUGUGUUUUCAAAGAAUUCCUACUUUUGAAAUAAAAAGGUUCUGCAGAUACUGAU